UCAUUGGCUGACUGCGCAGCCUUUACCUGAGGGAAGGUGUGCCAGCUACAGGAUGCACUUUUCUUUCUUUUGAUCCAGUUCAGGACACUUCAGGGAUUUGAAUAGAUAAUGGAGUCUGUAACGUCUUGGAGUGCCGAGAGAGUUAGCGAGUGGCUCAAAGGUCUAGAUGCUUCUCUACAGCGGUACUCAUUCUCUGAGUGGCAGCUCUCUGGCUCUGAUCUGCUGCAGCUCUCCUCUGCCAGGCUGGCGAAACUCGGAGUGCAAAAAAUCGGGCAUCAGGAGCUCAUACUGGAAUCUGUGGAAAAACUCUGUGCUUUGACAUACAGUGUUGGGGGUGAUUGCCUGCGCAGUUUGACGGAGAAACUGCGUGCGGUGGCACACACUCUGCAGAUGAGCAUACAGGGUCGCUGGCGCAUUAAUACCAGUGAUGGACAGAGCGCCACCAAGCUGUUACAACACGUUCUGCAAGCAGUGGUGGAUGUGAUCACAGCAGCCAAGGGACUUUUGUCUCUGCUCAACAGAUAUCAGUUCGCACUGCAGACUGGAUAUGCACCGAAUGAGAAACUCAUCUUUCUGUGUAAAGAUUUGGACACCACAGUGCACAAGGAAACCACUGUGUAUGAAAAGGAGAAGGACAUCAUUUCCAUUUGUCGUCAGCUGGUAUCAGUGUGUGAUGAGAUUUUGACUGUCAGUCCAGUGUCUCUUCUUACCCAUACUGCACAGCUGGAAAGUGUUGAUCUGGACCUAACCUCACCAGGAGACCACGUGUCUCCCACAGAGUUCUGUGAGAAGAUCUUAGUGGGAGAUGAGGUCAUUCAGGUCAACGGCCAGAUAGUGGUUGGCUGGACCAGAACAAACCUUGUUAAAAAACUUGAGGAGAAUCCAAAUGGAGUAACUCUGGUUCUGAGGAGGUAUCCAGGGUCUCUGAAACAGAAAGAGAGCAGAGCCAAGUCUGAGAGAGAGGACGAAGAGGAAGAAGAGGAGGAAGAGAAAGCGAGACAUUCUAUUUUAGGGAGGGUGGCGGCCUCUGUCCGUUCUCUGUCUUUCAGAUCAGGACCAGACGCCACACAUCAUUUCAGACGGGAUAAAUCAGCGCUCUCUAGUGAUCAAAGCUCUAAUGGACAUCAGUCAAACACCUUAAAACGGCAACAGCCAGGGACAGACUCUCAGCGUUCAAGCAGGAGCAGUUUGGAAGUGGACUCAUCCGCAGGCAGGAGGAGUCCUUCCCCACAAGGCGUGGAGCUCAACAGAGCCAGCACCAGCUCUCUUCCUGACAUGGCAGGACUAAGAGAUGAAAAGGAGAACAAGAAGAGCUCAACUAAAGGAACACGAACAGCAAUGAGCCGAAGGAGGGUGUCCUGCCGAGAGCUUGGCCGUCCAGACUGUGAUGGCUGGCUCUGGAAAAAGAGAAAAGAAGCAAAUGUCUUCAUGACUCAAAAAUGGCAGAGGUUUUGGUUUGUCCUAAAAGGUCCAACACUGUAUUGGUAUAACAGUCAACAGGAGGAGAAGGCUGAGGGGUUACUCAAGAUUGGCAGCUACAGUAUUGAGAGUGCAGGAGAACACAAGAGGAAAUAUGUAUUUAAAAUGCGCCAUCAACGCUUUACAAAUUUCUUCUUCGCUGCUGAUAAUGUAACCGAUAUGAGCAAAUGGAUUAACUAUUUAAUCACAGCCAUUCAGAAACACAAGAAAUAUGCCCAAAGUCAAGACAGUGAAGAAGACUGUUACAGUGAAACAGAAUCAGAGGAGGAAACUUCUCGUUCACCUCACCCUCACCACAAGAAGCUUGUUACAAAAACUCAAACUGAAUCAAAUACACUCCCUCGAACGAAGGGUAAGAAAACGCCAGCAUCAGAGCCAAUGACCAUUUCACAAGCAGGGGGCAGUAAAGUUGCAGGAAGUCUAGAUGAGAUGGAUGAAAUGUUUCAUAGCCUGAAGAAAGGAGGAGUGUCUCUGAUUGGUCAGAAUCAGCCAGUGACUCACGACCAGCUCCGAAAAUCCUUCAUCAAACGCAACAAAAACCCUGUCAUCAACGAUAAAAUACACACCCUUCGUGCACUCCAGAGCACACUCAAGGCAAAGGAGGCGGAGCUGCACCUUGUUAACAAGAUCCUGGAAGAUUCCACGUUUUCGGCGCAGAAGUUCCGUGAGUGGAAGCAGUUUAAUGAAGAGCUGUUUCAGGAUAUUGAAAAACUGGCUAAUGAGAGAGAGAACAAACAGAUAGCCUCACCCAAAACAGAGACCGUUUCCACUGGUGUCGAUGAGGCAAGCGGAAUGAGCCUGAGCGAUGGGGAACAGUUGGUAGAUGCGGAGCUUACUGACGAUGGAGGCACAACCCCUGUAGAUGCAACUGUGCAGAUGCAAACACAUACUACAGGAAUGGGUGAUGCCACACCCACAGAGAACUACUUUUACAUAUGAAACAAACACAUUACCUUCUGCUCAGUCCUGAACGGUGUUAAAACAGCUUAGAGAAAUGAAAAUCGGAAUGUCUGGAUCAGAAAUGCUGCACAUCUAGGACAGAGCACUGGCUGUGUCACCGGAACUGAUAUUUAAUAUGUUUUUGUCAAAAGUGAAAAUCAUCUGGAGCUUUCAAGAACAACUGUCCUACUUCUGCUGUACAUUCAAUAUAAACAAUCACUGAAUUUAUUUUGAACUACUGAGAAAAGAACAAAUCAAACUUUAGACACUUGUUAAAGGACAAUGGUUAUGCUGAUGUAUGUACUUUUAAAUAGACAUCGUACAAGAAUUAUGUUUAUAGGAUGCAUAUUUGUUUGUUCAUCAGGUAUGUCAGAAAAGGUUUUAUGAAUGUUUUUGGUGUGUUCAGACAGCUCAGAGAGACAUGCAAGUAUUGCUUUUAUAAUUAUCUAUUUUUUUUUAUUAUGAAUGAAGGUGUCUGUGUGGAAAUACAGAACCUGAAAACAAGUUCAGCAAGCUCAAAAACUAUAUAUUUUACAGAAAAGAAAAAGAAAAUGGUACCUCAUUUUGCAUGGAUAUAGAACAGGAGCCUUUGCAUUACAGUAAGUGUCCAGCAAUGGUCAUUUCCCCAGACUUGCCACACAGUGGUGCCCUGUGUUUUUUUCACAAGGUGUAGCAUGCGCCGGCCACCUGUUCCUUCCUUGAUGUUUUUUAUUCCAAGAGUGUGUAUAUUUAGCCAUGUAAUGGCUGACUUUAUACAGUAUGUGCUGCUGUAUCGAACCCUAUUUUCCUGUUGGAUGAAAUGUGUGAUUUGUUUUAUUCUCUUCUGAUGAGUCUCCGGCCAAAUACUGUAGCUUGAAGUACAAUUAGAAUAAUGAAAAAAUUUAAAAGGGAAAUUUAUGAGCUGCCAUUUUUUUUUCUAAACAGAACCUAAAGAGAUGAACUUACCUCUAGAAAGAGAGAGUGUUAAAUGUUUUUUGUCUGUGUGCACAUGCACAAUUGUCAUUAUGCUUCUUUAGACAAAUUUGAAUUCCAAACUUCCAUUAUAAUUUAUUUACGUUUUCAAUUUGUUUUGUUCACUCACAAAGAGCAUGUACAAUGUAUACGUAGUAGUUUAAGCAUACGUAACUAUAAAGUCAGAAAAAAUUUGUAAGGCUGUAUUAAUAUAAUUGCUAGAGAAAGAAACAGUCUAGAAUGGGAUUUGUCAUUUGCCUUGUACAGGUAUCCAUGUAGUAAUAAAGUGUAAAAUUGA